AACUUAUUUUAUCCACCCCUUGGGGAAAAAAAGCUGAUGUUUUUGACAUAUCUAAGUUUUGUGUUUCAUCAGCCUACACUGCUGACCACUUGAAGUGGUCUGCAGUGUAGAGCGCUGAGAGUCCUUUUAUAUACAGGUGAGGUAUUUUGUGGUGCAUUGUUUUUAUUGUAAAACUGCUUUGCAAGGCUCAGUUUAAAAAGCUUAUUCUUUUACUGCAGGGGGUUCGAAAGUUGCUGAUCUCAACAUGAAAUCGUGUGCUUUGGCUGAAGAGUGUUUUGAGGGCUCAGUCCACUUUGGAAUCAACAGAACCGUCUUUGCCAGCAAGUGUUGCACCUCCGACCUCUGCAACGCCCAGCCUGCCACUGAACCCAGUAAAUCCAAUCCCAAUGGUAAAAAGUGCUUCAGUUGUGAAAGUAAAAAGUGCACCGCAACUCUAAACUGCGAGGGGAAUGAGGACCACUGCAUCUCAGCAGCAGUGAACACAGGAGGUGUACAGACUAACGUGAAGGGCUGUGCUUCUAAGCAGAUCUGCUUAAAUAUGGCAAAUUCACAGAUUUCAGGAGCCAUUGGAGCGGAAAUUAGCUGCUGUCAGGGUGACUUCUGCAAAAGUGCCAGCAGCACAUGUGCUGGUCUUCUGCUCCUGGUGGCACCGUUGUUGUCUUUGGUCAUGUUCUCUUAACUGGUGGAGUUGCCAGCAUCACUGCUCAGCGUUUCCUCUCAUCUCUGUAUGGCCUCUUAGUGCUCCCACACCUUUUUUUUAAUAUCCUUUCAAGCGACUAGUGAGGAAGUAGAAAGUUUAGCAUUUUCCUUAGUCUCGUGCCUCUUACAGAUUUAACCUGCUUAUUUUCUUUUUUGCUUGUUGCCUACAAAGAUCGCAUUGAAUAGCUCUUUGUUUUUUCUUAAGUAA